UAAAUAUUUAUGAAUAUUGAUUCAUUAAUAUACAAACCACAUGUCAUCAAUGUUUCUUAUCAAGAAAUAUCACCUGAUCUCCCUGAAUUCUUUACACAUAAAAGACAUGUAUUUAUUAUGACCAAUACAGGAAGACCCAUUUAUGUUAGAUAUGGAAGUGAAAUCAAAGUAUUUAGAUCAUAAAAUAUGAAAAGUCAUCAAUCUUUUUAGCUACCAUAAAUGCAAUCUUUUAAAAGUUUCUAUUAUUUUUUUUUGAAGACAAAGAAAAAUAAACAUUGUUUAAGAUAUCUCAUGAUAAAUGUAAUAUUUACAUUCUACAAAGAAAUUAAAUCACUUACAUAUGUACUACAAAUAAUUUUUAAGUAUUUAAAUGCUUUAUUAUAGGAUUCAGAAUUUAUCAUGUAUUAAAUGUUAGAUUUUCUGAAUACAUAAUUAAUAUCAAUAGUGACAGAUUAAGCAAAUGUUCAUCUAACCCAAAAACCAAAUUAUGAUUUGGCAUUUUCAGUUGGAGGAUCAAGAAAUCUAUUAACUUUGGCUAUAAAAAAUGGGUUAUAUUCUCCAUGCAUAGCUUUUAAUUCAAUAUGCACAUUAACAAUAACACCAUAAUUAAGAUCAUAUAUUCAUAAUAAUCUAAAAGAAAUCAAAUCCCCUAAUAUUAUAGUCUCUUUGUUAUUAACAGAUACCUUCAUUAUCGAUGUUUGUAAAUAGAAGAAUAUGGAUUUUAAAACAUCAGAUAUAUUAAUAAUAUAGAGCAUGAUUUAAGGAUAGGGGCAAUUAAAAAAAGGUGAAAAUUGGACACCAAUAUGUUUACCAGGUUUAUCAGCUAUGGGAUUUGUUUAUGCUUACAUAUAUUUCUUUCAUUAAAAUACCAUUGGAAUCGUAAUGAUUUCAGAUGAUAGCUCUUUAGAAAUGUUUACAAAAUGCAAAGAAUCAGCUUAAGUUUUGAUUGAAAAAUUCAAUACUUCUAAUUUAUUCUUUUCUUUAUCGUUAACUCUAUAAGAUAAUCCAUCCAUUCCUAAAUAUUUAGAAAAUCAAACUUAAAUCAAACAUUUCAUUGUCAAACAUAUCUCUGGAUAAAUCUACCUUCCUUUAUACUAAGCUUUUGGAGUAAAUAAUAAAACUUUCAAAUUUUAUAUGUAAUAAUAUGGAGAAUUAUAUAAAGAUUUUGUAAUUUCAUAAUCCUUAAGUAAUUAAGAUACUAAAUAAAAUUACUUUGCAUGGGAUUCUAGAGGCUUUGGUAUUACACAAUACCAUGAUGUUAUUGUAAGAAAAUUAGAAUUAUGACAAGAUUAUGUUCUGUUUUAAUGAAUUGAUUGAGUUCCAAUAAAUUGUAUAGAAUGUUCAUAUUCUCCAUAAAAAGUUCAAAAGUGAAGAAUUGAAUAACUUUUUUAUAUUGAAACAAUCCUGA